AUGGAGGCAAUUCCACCAGAAACAGAUGUCCUGAUAAAUAACGCACAUUUUCCAUCAUUCACAUCACCAAAAUUCCCAUUUCGAAGGUCCUAAAUCGCCAAUGAAGUGGGCAAUACACGGCUGAGGUGAGGCGAGUCGAGAGCAGACCCGCAACGGACUCCAACCGUCACAUCGACAAUUCAAACCGACGCGGGCUGGCAGGGUCAAAUUGUUCAACCGUCAAAGGACAAUUGGAGCAUUUAGCCUACUGGGUACAGUAA